AUUGUGGGUUGGCCGCGUUCUGAGCGCAGAAGGUCUUUCAGCGCUCGCUACAGUGGAGCUGAUUCUGGUUCAGGAUCAAUGUCAGAGAUGGAGGAAGAAAGCAAGGUGAGGCAUCAAUGUUUUGGCAAGGUUACUUAAAUUAUACUCUUAGCACAAAAUAAAAUGAUAAGUGAUUGUCAUAUUCCAUUUAGAUCGUCGUAUUGUAAUUGCAUGAAAUCGCUACUGUCGCUCCUUCAAGCCGACUAAUUUUUCUGCCAAAGAGUUGCAGUCCAUGUAUUGAAUUACGGAAGGAUUUUCGCCAAGCGGUCCGGUUAAAUUAUGAUAUCACGGGAUAGUGGGACUCUCAAAAAAAGAAAUGGAAAGAAGCCUGCCAACCAUUUUUCUAUAUACAUAGGUUUUACGAUGCAUUUUCGCUUUUUAAUUAAUGAUAGUGUUAAUAAUAAAAUGUGGUUAGUUUUAAAUUAUUAAAGCACCUAUUAGCGAAGUGGGCCCCCUCCUUAAAGAUUUUUUUGAAUGGCUGAACGCUAAAUGCACUGUACCACGCUAAGAUGCACACAGGUCCCAGAGCAUGACGGACCUUGGUACAGGCGCAUCUCGCACACACCGCUGGCCAGCAGGGUGAAACAAGCGCUCCUUGUUGUUAACUCCGUUAAAUUGUAUUUAACUGCAUGUUAUAAAGUGCCGCUCAUUCAUUUGCUUACCUUCAAUAUUAUGUCUAAUCGGUGACGUGUUAUUCGGUAACCGAAUAAUGGUGAUUUGUAGUCACCUAAUAGUUUUUGAAAAACAAAAAACCGUGUUAAUAUCUUGCCAUAGUGUAUGUGGAAUACUAUGUUAUGUCUGUAAAUGUAUUAACGUCCCACAGCCAAAGCGUUAAUCAAGUAAGUAAGAUCAAAAUUAGUUGUGUUGGUUUAUUUCGUUUUCAAAAAACAGCCGAUAUGUCAGUGGUGGGAGCGUAGGUUUCUUUGUUGCUUUGUGGCUUUGUCUGUUCGGAUGUGUGUCGCAGAGGCCAAUAAGAUUGAAGUUACUAUGAGUUGAUGCUUAGGAACCAAUGAGAUUUUGGUAUCCAAACCUAAGAAACAUUGCUAAAGGUCAAUCAUUUUUCUCGUCUUUUAUUACGAAUGCAGAUGUUUAGAAGCAUGAGAUUUAAGUAUCCUCAUGAUUCAAACGCAAUGUACGGUGAUGCAGCUGUUAAAGGGUUCAUAUUUUAGUGUGGGUGCUGCUUCAAGACAUUUCUGCUAUCGCGAACGAUACAAUGCACGUAUUUCACCUGCUUCAAGGUUGAGUAGAAAAGAUCAUUUAUAACAUAGCGCGCGUGCUUGCCCCAUAUAAGUCCUAUUGAGCCGCUAUUUUACACACGCCCGUGCGUAGAUAAAGAUUUUUUCCAUGGUGACGUGUUCAGCUGUGUUUUUCGUUUGUUUAUCCUAAGUACUAUUAAAGUACCCAAAAAUCGACGGCAAUGAUGAAACACUUUCUAGCAUUUUUGGAAUUUAGCUUCUAGCCGUAAAUCAAUAUAAAAUAAGAUGACAGUCGUCUUCGCUAAAAAAACCCCCAAGUUUUCUGGAUUUCGCCGAGCAAAACAUAAACACGUUUUCAGCGGAUUCAAACCAUACUCCACGACUUCUUACGAGUAUGUGAGUAUUUUAACUUUAGAUAAACUUUAAAACUCUUUUACUUUUGUCUCUGCUUAGUUUCCAUUAAUCGUUCACGAAUAAAUAAGCAAAUUUUCUUUCUCAGAUUUACAGAAAGAAUUUUCUGUCAAACUAGGCGAUUGUGGCGUGUUUGUAACCAGUCAAUAGAAGCGUUUGUUUUUCUGUGUCGCGCGUUGCGAGAAUUUGCAGUUAAUCAGCUAUGUUAUAAAAGAAUUUGCUCAUGCUUUUAGCUGUGCGUACAUCGAGUUAUGGACGCAAUUGGAAGGCACUCAAGAAGCUAGAGUUGCUCUCGGCUGCGCCUCGAGCAACUCUUACGCAUCUUUCGUGCUCUCCAAACUUCCCGCGUGCAUCCACAACUCGAUAUACGCACGCUGAACAUGACAAAUUCUUAAAUAUUUUUCAAAGUUCUUCUAAUGAAACAAUAAUUAAUAUUCAGAUAUAAAUUUCAAUUCGGAAGUAUGCGGCCUAUAAAUUGUGGUUUAAAAGUUCGAAAGGCAGCUUAUGUUUUAAAAGCCUAACGAGUAAGCGAAUCCUGUAAACAAGCUUUAUUCUCUCGCUUACAAAGUUCACCAGACCUUUUAAGUUCCGGCAAAAAAAAAACAAAAAACAUGAAUUAGGUGAACAUGAUACCUGCUCGGUGCUUAGGAGUUAUUAUAUUUAUUGAAACGUAUUUUAUUUAGUAAAGAUGCGUAAGUUAAGUACAGACAAUAGCGUUAGGUGAGUUAGGGAAUAAAAUUGGAAGAAGCUAUAGUUGACAAAAUAAUAAGAUAUUCUUUUAUUGAGUGGGAUAACAUGGUAUCGCUAUCGCAAAAAUCAUAGAAAUCGGUUCGAUCCUUCCUGCGAAAACCUCAUUCAGUCAAAAACAUAACCAACGCGCAUAUAGUAGGUUCGGGCCACCUUAAAGAUCAAGUCGCCGAUUAUUCAGGUUAUGGUUAUCAAGGAGUAAAUCGCAAAGAACUCAAUAGAUUCACUGCAAGCAAUCAUAAAAUUGUUGGUAUGCCAAUGCCCAAUUUAGAGUACAUUCAUUACGUUAUGAUGAAGUAUCAGUAUUUACUCGCAGUACAUUAGUUACGAUUACGAUUAGUUUUGAUUUUAAAACACGUGAAAGCGUCAAAGGACCAAAACUAUUCGUUACAGUUUAAUUUUAGGUUUAUCCAACAGAACAAAGUGAUAGAGGAUUUUUUGUUUCAUUGUUAACAUGAACCUUGAGUGACCAUUGGAGAGAGGGAUGUAGGACGCCUGAAGGACGCCUGGAUAUUUUGCUCCUUCAAAAUUGGGAGUUUUGUUAAGUAUAUAUAUCAAAGAGAAGGCCAACAGUUACAAUGAUGUACCUCUCGGGCCAUAAUGUAAACUACUUGUUUUACCUGUAAUUUGUGUAACCCAAUAGUUUCAUAAUCAUCAUCAUUACCUAUGUUAUAUUGACUUCCUAAAAUAGCAAGAUAUUAUUGAAUUUUUAUGAGAAAUCGUGGAUUUAAACUCGCACGAGAAUAAAAGGUGAUAUGAAAUAUGGUUUUUACCGGUUAAUCAAACACAUGGUACAAAGAAGCCUUUCACUCGGCCUGCUACGAGAAGUAGGAAGUAGAAGUACACGCAAAGUGGUUUUCCAUGUGCACUUCUCUAUUUACCCUUGCCCCUUCACGUACGUGGGAAAAGUAAGUUCUUAUAAUUAUAUACUUUAAAUUAUACUAGAAAAGUUUGUGAAAGUUCCUUGUUUGUUUUUUAUUUCACUUAGGCUAUCUCGUGGGUCAUGUUUUGACCUUCUGUCGAUGAUACUUGUUUUGAAACUUCACUCUCACAAAGCCUAGUGUGUAUACUGAGUAUUUUAAAUUCACGCUUUCGCAUGAAGCUAGAAUUAAUUUCAUUUUCCAGAUGAUGUGGACUCCAGUGCGAAGUCUCAUUCCAACUGUGCGAACGUCGGGGGAGAAGGAGAGUUAAGGCUGUAUUGGGAAGUUAAGACUGUAUUUUAGCACUCUAGACGUUGCUACGUGUCUGUUGCAACAAAGCGAAUGUCGCUAAGGCUUAAGCAAAAUUUAACAUGGUGAGGCAAAUCCUUCGUUCACAUUUUGGGUGUAAAAAGUACUUAAAGGUAAAAAUGGUAAAGCAACCAUAUUUUAUGUCGAGAACUCGUGACAGUAAUUCAACUGAUAAACUUGGGGUCGACGAUGUUUUUUUCGUCUCUUUAUCCUAAGUACGAAAUACCCAAAAAUCGACGGCAAUGAGGCAAAACUUUCUCUCAUUUUUGCAAUUUAGCUUCUAGCCACUCAAACCAACAGCAAAAAACGGCGAAGAUGUUUCGCAAAUAAUUAGAGCCUAAAUCGUUGAAAAGUCUGCCGUAAAGACUGACAUUCCGCUGGAAAAAGACCACAAGUUGGUUUGUGUCGGGAAAUAUCCAAUUUGUAUAAAGUGUCCUCCUUUUUUAACUUUUGUUUUUGCUUUAAAAAACAUGUUAAUUAUGAAAUAAGCUCAAUAGCGAAAAAUUAUGCGCUUUUGUUAUCGCCGAACAAUCCGAUUGAAGCAGGAAAAUUACUCUUGCAAUAGCAAGAUAAAUUACACCGCAAGAAGACAUAAAUUUAUUACUCACAGAAACAACUGCUGCCAGGUCUUUUCAAGAAGCCGUAAUGACCAGCCAUUGUUCAGCCAUUGUUCGUAAAUGAAUAUAAAGUAAGAUGACUGUCGUCUUCGCUAAAAAAAACUCCAAGUUUUCUGGAUUUAGCAAAGCAAAACAUAAACACGUUUUCAGCGAAUUCAAACCAUGCUCCACGACUUCUUACGAAUAUGUGAGUAUUUUAACUUUAGGUGGACUUUAAGUCUCUUUUACUUUUGUUUCUGCUUAGUUUCCAUUGAUCUUUCACGAGUAAAUAAGCAAAUUUUCUUCCUCAGAUUUACAAAAAGAAUUUUCUGUCAAACUAGACGAUUGUGGCGUGUUUGUAACCAGCCAAUAGAAGCGUUAUAUAGUAAAGAUGCGUAUCUUAAGUAGAGACGAUAGCGUUAGGUGAGUUACGGAAUAAAAUUGGAAGAAGCUAGUUGACAAAAUAAUAAGAUAUUCUUUUAUUCAGGGGGAUAACAUGGUAUGAGUAGAAAUAUAUUUUGACAGUUUCAGAAUUUUCUUGCAAGGAAAUAAAUGUUAGUCUAUCAAACUUAAGGUUGCAUUUAGUGAAGGCUCUUUUCGUCAGAGUAAAAGGUUUCAUUGAGUAGAAUCGCACGUGACAACCUCGUGAAUAAUGCUAAUGCAACCAUGUACAAUAAUUUCUCAGCUAUUCGAUAUUCGACGAGCCUCGUUAUCUUAAGAAACCAUGAUGAAACCUUGAAACCUUCGAGUCUUUCCCCUAAGCAACGCUUGGUGAGUUGAUAUUCAUAGUACUUUAACAAUUUGUUUAUUUUGCACCACAUGUCCGAGGGAAAGACAGAGAAAAGUGAAUCUGUAGUAUGAAAAUCGACUCAGCUGUACGGAGUGGUUCGCGUUUCCAUAAAUGAACAGCAAUACCCAACUUUGCACAAAAAAGGUUACACACUGAAGCAUUCAAAAUAGCUCAUGCACGUUAAGCGUGCCUAUGUUUUAUAUUGAUUGGAUCUUUCGUCCUUGUGCAAGGACCAAAAAGUUCUAAACGUCAAGGGCCACAUGAGUAAAAACGCUCUAUUCAUUACACCCUACAGAUCGUGCGUUCGCUGCGUUCCAAGCGAAGAGGGUCUUUCCGUUCUCGUCUCAUUUCAGCCUUAAAAGCUAUGAAGGAAAAAAUCAAGGUAUGUCAAACGCUUUGUGAAGGUAAUAUAAGUUACUUUUUAAAUGCUAGUGUUGACAAAUGUAUAUUCACUUUUUUUUAAUGUGUAUUUUUUAUUUUUAAUUUAAUUUAAUUUUAUUAUUUUAAGCGCAGAUGAAAAUAGUAACAACUACGGGUAUACAUACGUGAACUUGUAACUUAAGUGAGUUGCAUUAAACAUUCACUUCAGUGGUCCACUUGGGGAAUUCACUUACGAUUUUCGUAAGUGUUCACUUAAGUCAUUAAAAAGAGGCUUAAAAGUGUUCGAAACGACUAGACACUUUCUUUACUCACCGAUGAUCAAAAACGAGGAACUUAAAAAAGGAGUGGGUCAUAAAUAGAGUACUUCUAUGACAAAGUUACGUAUGCCCUUAGCUGAGCCCGUAACUUACCACGUAAAACAAAAAUUUACGAGAGUGAUAAGUGCGUACUAUGCAACACCAGUAAGUGCACCCAUCAUGAGUACUUAAGUGACGUUUUAUGCAACUGGGCCCAGAUCUCUAAGGCUGAUUUGCUAAAGGUAGGGAAGAGUCUGACGUAGGAUUUCGAAUUCAUUUACAUUUUUCGUAAAAAGGCUGUUUUGAAUAUACCUACGCCGAUAUCUCAAAUGUGUUUAUACUUACAAGAAAAUAAAUAAAGAUUUCUUGAAGUUUCACUAUUUUUUAUUAAGAAUACCAAAAAUCAUAGAAAUCGGUUCGAUCCUUCCUGCGAAAACCUCAUUCAGUCAAAAACAUAACCAACGCGCAUAUAGUAGGUUCGGGCCACCUUAAGGUCAAGUCGCCGAUUAUUCAGGUUAUGGUUAUCAAGGAGUAAAUCGCAAAGAACUCAAUAGAUUCACUGCAAGCAAUCAUAAAAUUGUUGGUAUGCCAAUGCCCAAUUUAGAGUACAUUCAUUACGUUAUGAUGAAGUAUCAGUAUUUACUCGCAGUACAUUAGUUACGAUUACGAUUAGUUUUGAUUUUUAAAAUCGUGAAAGCGUCAAAGGACCAAAACUAUUCGUUACAGUUUAAUUUUAGGUUUAUUCAACAGAACAAAAUGAUAUAUAUAGAGGUCAAGAAAUCCCCCUCCCCUUUAACAAUUUUUAUCUUGGAAGUAUUAAAUCACAACUGGCUGCACUCCGAGGCUUACUAAUGGGGAAUAAAACAAAAGAAAUCAUCUUGAAGCUCAGUUAGUAAUGAAGAAUACAUUUUUUUUGUUUUAUUCCCACAAGUCUCGUAGCUAAGUGUGAAUUUUAAUUUAUCGAAGUUGGUCUGUUUUGUUGUUCUUCUGACGUAUCCAUGAAAAUUUCUCCCGAGGCAAACUCACCUUGGGGAAACCGGUCACACACAAAAAGCUGCUUCCCCAUGGGCAAUAGCCAUUUUCCCUUUGGUAAAAUGGCUAGUGUAACCACACCUGUUGUUUUCGUAUUUUUUGGCCUCUGUCGCCUCUGUGUCAUUUCUUUUCCCGUUAAUUUUUCGUUGAUGGACUGAAGAAAGUUUCGUUAUUUUCGCAAUUUUCGUUGGUUUUGUAAUUUUCGCUGUCUCGUCGAGGGCCUUCCAUUACCUCAUUUUCAUUUCUCUGUUACUUUUCGUCGAUGGACCGGCAAAAUUUUGUAAUUUUUGUUAUUUUCGCUGUUUUCGUAACAACUGUGCAAAAUUUUGGGGUUUCUCUAAAUUUUGUGGCUAAGUUCCACCGCGGAUUUAUCUCCGCUACUUUGGCCAAGGGGGUAGGCCCUUAUUCGGGGAAGAGCGCUUAUUGAUCGCUAUUUGGUAGUCUUCGUUGUAUUUUUUAUAAUCUUCAAGUGACCCAUCUUUCGUUAGUAAAUUGUUCGAAGGUGUAUAAGUACAUAGCGAGCAUUCAGGAGUUUAUUGUGUAGUUGCGAACAAGAAACGCAGUUCAGAAAUAUUUUCUUUUUUAAUCAUCCUAGGACAAGAAGCAAGUCCUGAUUCAUAUGGAGAGAGCUGAGAAGGCAAAGGUAAGUUCAGUGGGAUAUGUGGUGCAGUGUGAACUUGUGCAUUUUUACAAAGCAAGAGAAAAUAAGAAAAACGUCACUCUAGGGCUGGUCUGGAAAUGCCAUAUUGUUAACGACUUGCACAUAAGUUAAACUCAGCAGACGCCUGUUAACUAUGAGUUGAAAAAUCGUAAGGUCAUUUCUCUGAUAUAUAACCUGCACUGAGAUUUUUGUUGUUGGUAGCUUACGUAUCUAAAAGGAAUUAAACACGUGGAGCCCCCCUUGCUCGUUUAGGAGAAGCGGCACAUUGCGUAUAGCUAGUGCAUAUUUCCCUUACAAUAACGAUAUGAUUAUACUUACGUGUACAAGUUUUAACACGUUUCCGACGGCUGCUUCUUUCUUGGCACGGGGAAAUGUUUCAUAUUUCUUCUCUUUUGGUGAGAUUUGACCAUAGAACAAAAGCCGCCAAUUUUUUUAUCUGCACCCAUUUAUCACACGUGAAACUCAAAGGAAUAGUAAAAAAUAAUUUUCAUUGUACACUUGGAGAGCCAACUUACCAUGGAACGCCCCGGAGGACGUAUUUUCAGUUCUCAGUUAUUAUCUAAAGUAUUCAUAGAGGUACAGAUAGUAAAGUUGUAGAAAAGGAGAGAAAUAACACCUUUUGCUGUUUAUUGGCAGAAAAUAUCCAUUCAUUAGCGGGAGUAGCUGGACCAAUAGUGUAAGGUAUAAUUAAGAUUGCUCUCUGACUAAUGGAUUUAAAAAUACAGGCGUCGAGAGGCCCUCUGCACAAGGCUGCUAUCAAUGGACAGUUCGAAACAAUCAAAGUACUCCUUGAAAGUGGUGAAGAUGUGGAUAAAAAAGAUCAGGUUUGUGUCUUGUAAAGUUUAAUAUGUUAAUUUAAUUUUAAGCCACGUUAUUAUAACACUUGUUAUGUUGGAAUGCCUUUGCCCGGAUAUAAGACUCGAACAAGACGCGAACCAUUUAUACGAGCUCUUCGCGUCCUAUGUGAAACAUGCCGUCCUAAUUCAGAAGCGUCUUUUGUAGGACGUGUUUUAUUGUUCUCAGCAUACGUCAGCGGUCGUGUUCAUAGCGCGAAGACGUGUCUUUUUCGGGCUCUACCAAUUUGAAGCUUUUAUUCAUAAUCAUCAUGUCCCAGUUUCUGGAGGCUUUAAUUCUCACCAUGACUCUGUUAAACCACUUUUCCACUCGCCUCUUCUUGACCGGCUGAAGCGUCAUCUUGAAUUGGCUUGUUCUAGGAGUGCAAGUUAUCUGUCCUUCAAGUUAAUUCUUUACCCGAACUCUGAUUCUACCUCUCAACUGACGAGAUUAACUACUAGUGGCGACAUUAGCUUGAAUCCUGGCCCGGAAAGAUACUCUGAUUGUGGAAAUUCCGUCGCUCGAAACCAUCGUUCCCAUCCUGCGACUCCUGCGAAUUUUGGUGCCACAUCAAGUGCGGCCUAAUCACACAAAGGGACUUUAAAAGGUUUCAAUCACUCCAAAAAAAUCAACUGAAUUUUCCCCGUUUGUCUUGCCUUGUCUUCUUCUGUACCUAUUGGCCAGAAAUCUAUCUCCUCUCCUUCGAUCUCUGGCCAUGGCCUAAUUAGGCUUUGGUUUAUUGUUAACUUAAGUGCACACUCAUCGACAUGUCCGAAGAUUCAAAACGUCCUCGACCUUGUCCUUACAUCAACACCUGUUUUAGUCAGCUACGGUCUUAUCCACUCCAAUAAUUUAGAUGUCACUUUUAUCAAGUAGGAAAGCUCUGAGAUCCAAACAACCUACGACAUUGAGAUUCUUAAGGCACUAACGAGCGACUGCAAGAUGCUUAUUUGCUCUAAAUAUAACCGAUAUUUGUCAUACGCCUCCUGUGAAAUUUCUCAGACUCGGGACACAGAAAGUAUGCUUUGUCUGGAUUAACUUAUGUCCGCCGAUUUGAGGACAUAUAUGAGCUUUUCAUUAGGACAAACGAAACUGUCCGUUAUAUAUGAGUGUCCGUAUUAAGCGGGUGUCCUUUGGGCGGGGCUUGACUGUACUUGCCCGCCAAGGAAUUAUGACGGAAGGCCAAACGACGAAUGGAAAUGAUAUAAAUUUAUUUUUCUUUGUUGAUGUUGUUUCCUUUUUUCUACGAUAGCAUCCUGAAAAUGUUCUGAACGAUGUUUCCCUGAUAUAAACUGACUAUCAGCAUUCUGAAUGAAAAAAUGUUGGCCAAGUUUUUGUAAUUCUUAAUGGACGGUGACCUACAACGUUGCAAUUGGGCUCAAUUUUAGUGUUACACUUGGUUUCUUCCUUGUAAACUAGCUAACAAGGACAUAGUAAAGAGGCUAAAAAUUAGUACAACAACACCCCCUCCAUUUAUUUUAUAAUAGGCCAUCGUUACACUGCACUAUGUGGUUUAUUUCAACCUCCAUUUAUAUCUUUCUUUCGUUUAUAUUACGUUAAACUGAGGUACUGCAUUGGCUGAGCUCUGUUUACUGGGCAAUGAAGACACAGAUGCCAUAUGGGUGAAACUAGCUAUAGGUCGACGUCCUUUCACACUGAAGUAGCGAGGCAGAAUGACACAUAACUGCGCGUCCCCGCGUGAUCAACAAUGCGCCCUAUAGGGGGGUACAAAGGAUUUCCCCCAACCACUCACCAUGUCCUGAAUUGAUAAUUACUCAUUCAAGUGAAAAACCCAUAUUAAAUAAUCGAUUAACAACACUUCUCGGGUAAGGACAUAAAAAUUCUAUUUGUUAACAAAUAUUUCUUGGGAAAACUACGUUUUUUGUCCUCUUUUCUGUAGUUUUCUUUGACACCUCUUCAUCUUGCCUGUUGGUAUGGACAGGAAUCUGUGGUCAAACUGUUUUUAGAACACGGUGCGAACGUCAACGCUAAGGACAGGGUGAGUCAGUGAACUUUCGUCAAUUGAAUAAUAUAGUGCAAUGAAGGGGUGGGGUAAGAGAGGUUGUUGUUUGUCCAGUAUUACUGAUUCACACAGGAAUCUCUUUAUGUUGGCCAAUUAUUAAAUUUACCCUAGCAACAGUAUUGAUACAAGCGCCUAUUUUACUAUGGUACAUAGCACAUUUGUGUUAUUCCAAUGGUAAUUUGUUAGUGAAGGUUUUUUGUGCUAAUACACAAGUUUUUAUUUGUUAUUCACCGGAAAAAUGGGUGGUAGAAAUCUUUGAUUUAAAAACAGUAUCAGGGAAGAACAAAAUUAAACCGUAAGUUAAGAACAAAACUUUCGAAAUUUUUCCUUCAUUUUUUGCGUUUUUAAUACCUUCACAUCUUACAAAUAUUUACUUAUUACGAACUUUACGAACUUUUUAGAGUCCAGUUUCCCUUAAUCUGUUUCCUCGUGUUCGGGAUCAGACCCAAAAUUAUUAUCCUAAACAGCAACAAAAACAACAACUUGGUGUAGCUGAAAAGGGGAAAGUUUGUCACAAAGUUCUCAACUGAAUCUUAAAAGGUCGGCCCCAUUUACUCCUGGAUUUUUGUGAGCUAAAAAGACUUCACCACCAGGGUGGUACACAUACCGGUAUGGAGGAGGGAGUUUGGCCUAUUCCAGGGCCGACUGUGACCGUUCUUGGGUAAAUAUGGAAGGUGCACAGACCGCAAUAGGGAAUGGAGUUGGGCCUCACCUUAACGUCGACUGUGAGCAAUCGUGGGCCUCUCUAGGGCCCCCACUAUAAAACAUAUAUGUAUAUUCCAGGGGUACAAAAUGUCGAGUCUAUUGGGCAAAAGUGUGAUGAGAGGAGGACUUUAUCCCAAUUCCCACCUUUUUUGAAAAACACAACUGUCUUCAGAGUAGAAGUACAAGAUAGAGACAACCAAAUUGACUAAUUAGAUGUCAUAUCAGUGCAUCAGGUUGAAACUCUAAACCGAAAGGGACAUCCACGUGUUGACGCAGAAAUUGAUUACUGUAGUGGGUGGGAUGGAAGGGAAAAGAAAACAGAGUGACGAAGCAUAUCAUGGGAGUGUAAACUAAGGAACAUGGCAGAGUGCCAUGUGAUUGGUCAAAUAAACAACGAAUAGUUCAUGGGGUUCAGUUCACGUGAGGUUGCACGUGAAAAUAACUGGACAAAGGACAAAGCUCAACGAAGAGUUGUUAAAUAACUAAAAUUUAUUUCCGGUGAUCAGUAAAUUAUGAUCUCUCAGAACACGUUUUGAUUUGAACGUUUCAUUGCACUAGAAUUUGCUCUAAUCCCAACUGCGAAAUCGGCCUCUAACUCUUACCUAUAUCACCCUUUACGUCACGUUGUGUAGACGAAGCGGAGAUAUGCAGUUAUGUAGAAUUACCGUUGUUAAAAUGUUUCUAUGAUAAAUAGUCAAAAGUGGGUAACACAAUUAACUCUGCUUCGGUAUAAUGUUUUUAGUUUCAGCGUACUCCUCUGCAAAAAGCCGAACGUCAAAACCACCAUUCCAUAGUGCAGUUGCUUCUGAAGAAUGAUGCCAGGCCGUGUCCUCAUCAACCAGUAAGUUAUGGCAGAUUGUGCCCGAAAAACUGUCUCACAUUUCUGCGUCAACUUAUGAGGUCAUAGACUUGUAACGACAACAACCGCUACCACCACUUCAUUUUGUGUAGAACACGUAUAUCUGCAAUAUGAAUACAGGGCAACCCGUGCAAAAAUCUACUUACAUGUAGUAUAAAAUGGAUUUCCUCUUUAUCACUUUCUCUUAUAAACUUGGUCAUUUUUUAACAGGUCAGUCUAAAAAAACUCUCAAGGAAAGCUUUCACGCAAUUGGAUAAAAAGGCUGGAUUUAAUCUACUCCAGGCGGCUGUCUUAGAGGAAGAAUAUGACAUUGUUUUAAAAGCUCAAGGACUUCCAAGUUAUAAAAGUAUCAAAAGACUUUAUAAUGAGUGUGCUAAGGACAACAGUAGACAGACUAAGCUGCAGUGGGCUACAUGUAAUGAUGAUGCGGAACAAGCUGUUGAGCUUGUAUUAAAUGACGGUGUAGAUAUUAAUGCCCGAGCGUCAGAUAAUGAUUACACAGUUUCGAUGCAGGCGAGUCGUUCAUCCUCAAGUCAGUUCAUUGAGACCCUCAUUGAUCUUGGGGCCGACAUAAAUAUCCAAAGAAAAAAGAGUAAAGAAACACCAUUAAAAUUAGCGGCUGUUUGGAACAACUAUAUGGCAGUGUGCUUGCUAGUAAGGCACGGAGCUUAUGUAGAUGUUCAGGACAGUUUUGGAUUCACACCACUACACAUUUCAGUCAGAAGAGGUGGCGGAAAUCUUAUCAAAUUACUACUUGCAAACAAAGUAGAAGUAAAUAUUCAAGAUAAUGAUGGAUAUACACCCUUGCACCGGUGUGCCAGAAAGGGUUACGAUAACCUCUGUAGAUUGUUACUUGAACACAACGCGGAUGUAAAUAUUCAAGAUGCAGAUGGAUAUACACCCUUGCACUUGUGUGCCAGAAAGGGUAACGAAAACAUCUGUAGAUUGUUACUUGAACACAACGCGGAUGUAAAUAUUCAAGAUGCAGAUGGAUAUACACCCUUGCACUUGUGUGCCAGAAAGGGUAACGAAAACAUCUGUAGAUUGUUACUUGAACACAACGCGGAUGUAAAUAUUCAAGAUGAAGGUGGAUCUACACCCUUGAACUGGUGUGCCAGAGAGGGUAACGAAAACAUCUGUAGAUUGUUACUUGAACACAACGCGGAUGUAAAUAUUCAAGGUGAAGGUGGACGUACACCCUUGAACUGGUGUGCCAGAAAGGGUAACGAAAACAUCUGUAGAUUGUUACUUGAACACAACGCGGAUGUAAAUAUUCAAGAUGCAGAUGGAUAUACACCCUUGCACUUGUGUGCCAGAGAGGGUAACGAAAACAUCUUUAGAUUGUUACUUGAACACAACGCGGAUGUAAAUAUUCAAGAUGAAGGUGGAUCUACACCCUUGAACUGGUGUGCCAGAGAGGGUAACGAAAACAUCUUUAGAUUGUUACUUGAACACAACGCGGAUGUAAAUAUUCAAGAUAAAGGUGGAUCUACACCCUUGAACUGGUGUGCCAGAGAGGGUAAUGAAAACAUCUGUAGAUUGUUACUUGAACACAGCGCGGAUGUAAAUAUGAAAGAUUAUUCUGGAGAUACACCCUUGCACUGGUGUGCCAGAGAAGGUAACGAAAACAUCUGUAGAUUGUUACUUGAACACAACGCGGAUGUAAAUAUUCAAGGUGAAGGUGGACGUACACCCUUGAACUGGUGUGCCAGAAAGGGUAACGAAAACAUCUGUAGAUUGUUACUUGAACACAACGCGGAUGUAAAUAUUCAAGAUGAAGGUGGAUCUACACCCUUGAACUGGUGUGCCAGAGAGGGUAACGAAAACAUCUGUAGAUUGUUACUUGAACACAGCGCGGAUGUAAAUAUGAAAGAUUAUUCUGGAGAUACACCCUUGCACUGGUGUGCCAGAGAAGGUAACGAAAACAUCUGUAGAUUGUUACUUGAACACAACGCGGAUGUAAAUAUUCAAGGUGAAGGUGGACGUACACCCUUGAACUGGUGUGCCAUAUAUGGUAACGAAAACAUCUGUAGAUUGUUACUUGAACACAACGCGGAUGUAAAUAUUCAAGAUGAAGGUGGACGUACACCCUUGAACUGGUGUGCCAGAAAGGGUAACGAAAACAUCUGUAGAUUGUUACUUGAACACAACGCGGAUGUAAAUAUUCAAGGUAAAGAUGGCUCUACCCCGCUGCACCUGUCAGCUCGUAGUAAAAGAGAUUGCAGUAAGAUAAUCGAUCUCCUGGUGAAGUAUGGGGUACAAAACAUAAACAUCCAUGAUGCAGAAGGUUUGACUCCUCUUCAAGUGGCCCGGAGACAUGGUAACUCACAAGCUGUGAAGAAGCUUGUUGACCUUGGAGCUGAUGUUAGUGUGGUUACAGCUGAU